CUGCAACUCGGUUCCCUAUUGGUCGUCAAAUCAGCAAUGUUUCGAGUUCUGAACGAUCAUUGGUUCGCUGCGCUGUCUGUCAGUCUGUUAGCAGGAUGUGAACAACAUUCGGUUGAGGCGGGAGAGAGAGACGGUGGAGCGGGUGUUUAGAAAUAACGAGAAAGUGACAGGGCAGUGAUUUAAGUGUUUAUUUUGACUUUUAGUUUACAUGUGGAAGUCAAACGUCUGCAGCGCGAAGAAGAAGAUGAAAACGGGUGAAUUGAAGCACUGUGUGUAACUUCAAUACAACAGAUGGAGGAUCGAGAAGCUCUGAUUCUGGAGCUCCAGGAUGUCAUCACUGAACUGCACCAGGAGAUGUCUCUGAAAGAACAGCAUGAGCUCCAGCAGCUUCAGCAGCUCCUUCAGCUGGACGCCAGAGUCAAAGAGCUGCAACAACAGGAACAGCGUUCAGAAGAGACUAUUGCUCAGCUGAGACUGGAGCUGGCUGAGAGAGCAGAGAACAACAGUGUCGUGCAGAAUGUCGAUGAGCAGAUACAGCGGCUGGAAGAGGAAGUGUCCAGGCUGAAAUCAUGUCAGCAAAGUUCAGUCAAUCCGCAGGAUGUGCGAGGUCUCUGGAGAGCACAAGAAGAGCUGACGGUGCGAGAGAAAGAGUGGCAGAAAGAGAGAUCUUUUCUUCUGGAGCAGCUUAACAGCCUUAGAAAGGAGCUCCACAGCGCCACCAUCAGGGAAGAAGAGCACCGACUUAAAGUGCUGCAGAUUGAUGAACUCCAAAGAGAGGUUGACAAGACGCUGGCAGUGCUGGAAAAGGAGAGGGAGGACUGUGUAAAGGCCGAGGAGCUGCAGCGACUGAAAGAAGAGCAACUCAAGGACAAGGUCAAGCAUCAGGAGGAGCUGGUGAAGGCUGCAUUUGACCAGAAGCAUAAAGAGCUGAAGGAAUGGAGAAAGCGCUGGUACUCGGUGUCAGAAAGCCUGCGGCACGCACACACACUGCUCCAGCAGGCCCAGGACAGCCGAGACAGGGCUGUCGGCAGUCUCAAAAUACAGCAGGACAAGAACCACAGCCUGCAGGAUGAUCUGCACAAACUCCACAUUACGUUGGUAGAAAAGGAGUCUACGGUGUCCAGACUUAAGCGAGAGCUACAGGACGCAGAGCAUCAGAGGGAGCUUCUGGACUCCAGAGUAACUGAGCUGAACUGUGAAAUCCAGCAGCAGAAGAAAGACUGCAGGCCCCAAACAGAGCCGGAUGAGAUAGCAGGGCAGAUGCAGGAGGUCUGGUCCAGCAGAGAGAAGGCUGCGGCCCUGCAGAAAGAGUUGAGCAGACUUCAGGUGAUCCUGAAACACAGAGAAGAGCUGAUAGAAGAAAACAACCUCAAGACGACACAACUCCAGCGAGACACAGACUGUCUUCACAAACAGGCGUCCUGCAGGGAAGCAACCCUGCGCUGUCAGGAUUCAGAGUUGAUUGAGCUGAAGGCAGGACUACAGGAGGCUGAGAAAAUGGCCACAGAUGCAGAGGCCCGACUGCAGCCUCUCACUGAAUCCCUGCAGAUCUGCAAACACAAGUACCAGACCUGCCUUAGCAAGAUCGCACAGCUCCAGAACACUCUGCACAGUCAGGAGGAGGACCUGAAAGAGGCCCACAGUCAGGUGGCACUGAGGGAAGAGCAGCUCCUGCAUCUGAGAGCUCAGGUUGUGUGUCUUCAGGAGGAUCUGCAGGUUCACCGCACGCAGCUGGAGACUGGAGACGACGCCAUAACCACACUGAGCCAGAAGCUCCGGGACACGGAGAGAGAGCUGGAGCACAGCCGGAAGCACACACAAGAGUGUGAGCUGCUCAUCAGCACUCACAGAGACACAGCUGAGAAACUUCAACGCCAGGUUGAAGAUCAGGAAGAGACUCUAGUGAAGAUGCAAGCUGAUUUUUCAAUUUACCGGGCCACUCACAUUCACUCGGACUCCGACUACGAAUCCCAGCUGUCCCGCGUUCAGGAACUAGAGCACGCACUGUUCCAGUCGCUGGAGCGUUGUGGUCACAGUGCCCAGGAGUUGCGGGUCUGCCAGCUGGAGAUGGCACGACAUAAAGAUUGCAGUCCGGCGGAAGAGAUGCAGCGACUGCAGGAGCAGCUGAGGAAGCUCCAGGCAGACGCAGCAGAUGAAGUCCACAGACAAGCACAAGUUGAUUCUCUGGAGCAGAAGGUUGCCAAUCUGGAAGGAGAACUGCAGGCUGCUCAAAGGCAGUGCGACCAGGCUAUCCAAAAGAGAGACGCCCUACUGAGACAGUCCGAGGCUGAUCUUCUGCAGGCUCGGGACAAGAUCCGAGGCAGGGCGGCGGAGGCUGAGAGGCAGGCGGCGGCUGCUCGAGGGCUGGAAGCUGAUCUGCAGAGAGCCAAGAAAGAGAAAAGGCAGAAGGAGAAAGAGUGCGCCUCCCUCAAAACACAACUGCUUCAGCUCAGAGAACAACUGAAAGAGGCCAACACCACCUGCAGAGACACCGGCCAGGAGCUGAUGCGGCAGCAGGAGAAGCUGCAGCUAUUGGAGGGAGGUCAGCGUCUGACUCAGGAUCAGCUCUCAGAGCGGGUGGCAGAGCUGCUGGAGGCUGAAAAAGCCCACAGAAAACUCCAGGCUGAGCUCAAGAGAACCACAGACAGUCUGGAAAACACCCAGCUGGAGCUGCAGGACUCACGGAGUCUCCUGGAGCAUCUGAAAGCAGAGGUCAGCAGCAGCAGACAGGAUUUGCUCGGCGCUCAACAUGAAGCUGCGAAACUCCAGCAGGAGAAACAGCAGAUCCGGGAAGAGCUGAACGUCUGCAGAGAGAGCCUCUUAGCCAUGCAGUCUAAGCUGAGUGAACAGGAGAAUCUGAUAAACCCUCUGCAGCUCCUCAAUCUCAGUCUGCAGGAGGAAGGAGUGAAGCUUCAGAAGGAGCUGCAGAUCUGCAGGAGAGAACUGGAGAGCAGACACACACAACAGCAAAAACACCAGCAAGAGAUGAGCUGUCUGCAGGCUGUGGUGUGCAGACUGAAGCUGGAGCUGGAGCAGCAGCAGGAGAGCUUGAAACAGGCGGAUCAGAGAAGCAGAGAGCUGAGACUGGAGCUCAGCACAGCGCAGGCCUCUCAGAAAGACUACAUGGAGCUGCUGGCGGAGUACAGCAGAGAGGUGUCUGUUCAGAGGAGUGAGCAGAGCCGUCUGAUCCAGGUGACGGAGGACAGAGCGGCUCUGGAGGAGAGAGUCAGGCUGAUGACUGCGGAUUUGCACAGAGAGCGCACUCACAACAGGUCAUCACAGGAGGAGGCUCGGGCGUGUGAGGGCCGUUUAGCAGAGCUGCACACCCAGCUCUCACACUCAGAGCAGUGGGCACAGCAGCAGACCAGAGCCCUGCAGGACAGAGAGGAGGAACUGCUCAUGCUGAAGAUGGAAAUGGUGUCUCUUAGGGAGAACUACACUGCUACACUUUCUCAGGUUGAGGUCUUGAACUCACAGAUGGACAGUGUGAAUCAGAAGUACAGCUCGGCGGUGUGUGAGGCGGAUGUUUUGCGGCAGUGUUUAGGAGAUGCGCGGACUGACAGCUCUCGACUUCACAGGGAAAGUGAACUAGUCGUGACCAAUGUCAACCAAUGGGUGAAGGAGCAAAAGCACACUAAUGAGAAACUGGCACUCAAGAUCAAAGAGCAGAGCAGGAAGAUCAUCCACCUGACAGCCGAGAGAGAUCACCUUCAGGAGAACGUGAAGGGUUUACAGGGGGAAAUCAGGAGGCUGAAAACAAGAGAGAAUGGAGGCACAGCGUAUCAAGUGAUGAAGGCAGAGGAAGACGAAGCACUUCCUGUGUGCUUGGAUUGACUUGGAUGGGAACCAUUUUCUGCAAACAAACCGACUCUGGGACCUAUUCAUGAUCACAUACUCAUUAAGUUAUUCAUUCAUUCAUUCAUACAUUUUCCUUCGAUUUCAGAGAUCACCACAGCGGAAUGAACCGGCAACUAUUCCAGCAUAUGUUUUACACAGCGGAU